AUUGACGCAGUCCCCCUGAAUGAGCGUCCUGCUGAUUAUGAUUCCGGAGAGGAAGCCGAAUCUGGUUCUGAUGUGGAGGUGUAUGAUCUGGGCAUCCCCACGGAUAGGGAGCGCCACAUCUGCCCGAUCAGGAGUGCACUUGACCAUGACCAAGUCCUUUCCCGCGUGGCCCUCAAUAAAAUCCGUACCUUCCUUCCCCCGCCGUUCGUCUGGAGUGUGAGAGGUGCUGAGCAUGUGAUGAGGAGACGUCCGGGGAUGAUCAUGCUUCACCUGGACUCCGUUGAAGCCGGGCUGAGGUUUCCACUUCAUGCGUUCUAUGUGGAGUUCUUCCACUGCUUCCAGGUGGCCCCGGCGCAAUUCAUGCCAAAUUCUUACAGAUUCAUAUCGGCCUUCUUGGUGCGCUGCCAACUUGCGGGGGUCGAUGCCACUCUGGAGCUCUUCCAUUAUUUCUACCGCGUCACUCCUCAGAACGCCGACGGGUAUCUGAGCGUGGCCGCACGUCCUGGGAGGCGGCUGUUCAAGAACUACCCUUCGUCCAUCCACGACUGGAAGAACCGUUUUUUCUUCCUUCGAUACGACGGGCCUCCUCUCCCUCUCCGGUGGAAUGGGUACCCCCCAAAGAUCGAGUCAUCGGAGCCGUCCGACGAUCUGCUUCUGGAUGCGGAGAAGGUGUUGGAGGGUGGCGUCCGUCCUAUAGCCGGAUUCCUGACCUUCGAGGCACUCUCUGGGGCAGGCAUAGGUACCGCCCGUGUCCCUGGACUUUUUCUACCCUUCGACGCUCGUCUCGGGGCACCGGGCGGUCCUGUCCUUCGAGGUGAGUGUCUUAUUCUAUUCCCCGCUCGUCUUCUAAUCCUUUGUUAUUUUUUGCAGGUCCUCCGCCAGACAGGGAUCAAAUGAAUCACGCCGAGUGCCUGAAGACCAGGAAGGCCAAAGCGGCCGCCGCUAAAGCUGCGAUGGAGAAGGCCAAGAAUGCCCCCGCCUCGGCGUCCAACUCCUCGGCUUCUGACGCUGCCCGGCGAACUGCCGAGGGUGAGCAGCAUCUGAUUGCCACUGUGCUGGCUCAGGGUUCCGGGGCCCCUGCUCUCGAAGCCGCCCUUCCCCAGCCGGUCGUCCCCACGAAGAUGGCUCCUCAGAAGGGUCCGGAGAAAGCCCCGGAGAAGAGACAGAAGAGGGGCCGCGAAGCAGGCUCCACCGGGCCCCUGCUUGAAGACGCCGGCUCCUUGCCAUUGAGCCGCCCGGCGGAAGAGCUCUGGAGGGAGAUGGCCCUCAAGGCUGGUCUAGAGCUGCCCAGCCGUUCGUCCUCUGAGGCGACAAGCGCUGCCCUGGCAGCCGCUCUUCAGUCUGGGCUUCUAGUCCUUCAGGCUGAAGCUGCCCGGGAGGCCGACCUGAAGGAGGCCAAGGCCAAAGCUGACGCGGCCAUCGCUGCGGCCCGGGAGGCCGCUCGUCGAGCAGAGGCGGAGGCGGCCGCCAAGGAGAAGGAGAUCGCCGCCCUGCGGGCAGAGUCCCGCCAGCAGCUGGCCAGCCUUGAGAAAGCUGGCUUCAAGCUUGUCCCGGUGCACCCUACUGCAAAGGGUGCCAGUCCGGAGUGGCUGGUCGAUACCUCCGGCUAUCGGAACACCGGGGAGUUCAUGGAUUCCGCCAAGGAUUACUGCGCCGGAGCCUUCGGUGACGUUUUCUCUGCGGCGCUGGAGAAGAUCCCACCCCGGCAGCGUCUGGCGAGCGGGGUCCGGAUUCUGGAGAGCUCCCCCUUGUCUCACAAGUUCCUCUACGAGGUCGGCGACAGCUCCUUCGCCGCCGGUUACAAUGAGGGGGUCAAGGCCACCCUUCCCAUCUUCUCAAGGCUGCAGGGGGCCGACUUCGAGCUCGCUGCCAAUACGGAUGAUGAUCUGCUGCUCCAAGCCUUGGGGAAGUUGGGGAGGGACCAACGGCGGGAGGAAGCCAAGGCCAGAGGAGAGAUUCCGGAGCCCCCGACCCCUGAGCCCGAGGCCGAGGAGGAAGAGCAGAUUCCGGGAGGCAGCCGGCCUGAAUCCCCCUUCUUUGUAUAAUGUACUUUGUAUUUUUCCAUUCCAACCUUUGUAAUGUCCGGCCGUUAGAGCCGAGGAAUAUACAUCUUUUUGCCCAU